GCUUUCUCUCGGACCUAUUGCCUCCACCUCGCUUCCUUUUUUGCUCUUCCGACUACUCUGUAGAGACGCAAAGGCGCCGCCUUUGUAGAAUCUCCGAUAGCCUCCCGAAGUCACCUGCCAUGGCCGAAAGCGCCACGGAGGAACCCCCAUCUCUGGCCGAGCAAUGGUCACUUCAAGACAUAGAGAAGACAGAUCAGACUGAAGCUUCUGUUAAACAAACUAAUGGGGAUGAGAAUCCAGCUGAUGUCAGUUCUGAAGAAGUAACUGCAGAGAAGAAUGGUGAAAGUUUUGCUUCAGAUGCUGUCACAGAGAAAAGUGAUCAAACUCCUUCUGCAGAGGAAACCAGUGCUGUUGAAGAGAUGAAUGGUGAAGCUCCUGAAGAACAAGAGACAGAAGUACCACAAGUUGAAGAGAAACCAGAAAUAAAGAUUGAGACAGCCCCUGCUGAUUUCCGUUUCCCAACAACAAAUCAAACAAGGCAUUGCUUUACUCGCUACAUUGAAUAUCACAGGUGCAUAGCUGCAAAGGGAGAAGAUGCUUCUGAGUGUAAUAAAUUUGCAAAGUACUAUCGCUCAUUGUGCCCAGGGGAAUGGGUAGAACGAUGGAACGAGCAACGAGAAAAUGGGACCUUUCCUGGUCCUUUAUAAAUGGGCGUUAUUUUCCAGAUUUACAGAAAAGUAAGCUUAUCUGGAUUGAGAGAUGAAGAGGCUUUUAUUUCUGCAAAUGUUACUGAAUAAUAUAUUUGGCUUGUUCCAAGUCGAGUUUCUAACUGAUUGAUAAACUGUCUUUCCUCACAAAGGCAGUGUCAUUCUUUACCAUGAGGUCAAACUUUUUAUGUUUCAGGAUUGUGCAUGUUAUAACAGCAUUUUCUUCAAAAUCAAAUAAUUGUUAUCCACUACUUUUGGUUUGGGAAAA